AUGGGCAGGAAAAGCAAACGCCACCUUCUUUCAUUUUCCUUUAACUUUCCCUCCCCUCCCCAACCUGGCUGUGUGGGUGCGCCUCUCUCUCCUCCCAACCUGCGUCCGGCUGAGCCUUGCUGGGGAAGGGAGGCGAGGAAAAGGCCCAAAGAGGAUCCUCCACGCCUAGGCUUAAACUUCAGAGAAGAGGGAGGCGGAGUGAAAAGGCGAGAGAUUUGCAGGGAGUUGCCGGCCGGCUGCCGGGGCAGACGAGAGAAGAGGUGCAGGUGCAGAGUGGGGCGGCUCGAAAGGGCAGCUCUGCCCCGGGGACUACAGCGUGCCCCCCCCCCCCCAGCGCUGGGGCGUUCGCUGCUCACUCACUGAGCGAGACAAAGAACCCCCCGGUCGCGCGCUCUCUGCGCUUGGGCAUGGGGGUGCCUGCUUUCUAAAUGCCCCCUCCUGCACCCCUCGCUGAUGGCUGAAGCCUGGAGGCUGGAGGACGAGGAAGAGGAGCUGAGGGAGUUCAGCAGAAGGCACAGAAGGCGGAACCUGAACUCUGCAGCAGAUCGCUCUGAAAGAAAUAAACCAGACUAUCGUUCCUCAGGCCAAGGACCCCUGUCAUCCAUUAGAGCAGCAAUCAAGAGAACUUCUCGGACUUCUUCUCAUACCGAACAUCAGAGAGAUAGAAGACGUCCUGAGAUCACAAUAGUUGCUGCUGAGCCUCUCAGACCAUCCUCCUGGUUUCCAGGUGGAAAUGUCACUCCACAAGGAUUAGGAUUCCCUCCUCCUUCCCAGACUAACUGGAGGACAAAUGAGCUUGUUCCAGCUGAGCUUCCACCAUCUUAUGAGCAGGUGAUAAAAGAAAUUAACCAAGUGCAAGUCAAUACAACAAAUAAUAAUGCUGCUGCUGCUGCUUCUAGAUGCACUGCUACGUCUGCAACACAGACUGACUUUCCAGAGGAAAUAAUCAGCCAUUUGCCAAGAAGUAAUGUAAAAAACAACCUACCUACUCUCUGUGAAUCUGAAAUUGUUCAAGCAGUGCAAAGUCCUCUCAAACCUCCCAGACCUCUCUUAAAUAGCAAUCCUUCAGAAAAUGAGGCUCCCUUAGUUGUCUCUGAAGUGUCUGAAGAAUGGAAGUGCCAAGAAAAUCCCAGUAAUGUGACCGGUCCACUGCCAAAACCAAGAUCAAAAGGCAAUCUCAGACCUGUGGUCAGAGAUAUUCAAAGCAAAUCACAAGACAAUCAGGAAGAAGUGAGCCAGCCUCAAGCUGAAAGGGAGCCAUCUCCAAGUCAGCCAGUGUCCCUCUUAGAUAAUAGCUUAUUGGACAAUCACAUGGUGAUGAACAGUAUGAAUACAGAAAAAAGCCAAAAUAGUAUUGGUUCAAGGAUCAAAGCUUUUGAAUCCCAAGCAAAUUCUGAUAUCUCAGGAUUAUCAAAGAAACCAGAAAUUGCUCCACGAUCAUUUGUCCCAAGACCAACUGUUUCUGCAAAGAAGCCAAUAAUAGCUCCAAAACCAGAGCUAGGGGCCAGGAGAGCUUCAGGAGAGUCGGGUUCAUGGACAGAAAACACACAAAAAGAUAUAUCCAGGAAAUGGCACCCUCAACCUCAAGAAGCCAGAAGUAAUGUCAUAACCAAACCUGAAUUGCCAAAGAAACCAAAACCUGGCCUUGUAAAAAGUACUAGUAAUGAUUUGCUUGAUGCAAGGAAUGGGUCAGCUUCAGAGAACAAUGAUGAACAGAAGAAAUUCCCAGUUCCUGCUCCAAGGCCACUCGUUCCCAAAAAGUCUCUUUCUGUAGAAAGUCCUGCCCCUCAUUUGACUUUACUAAAACCAAUCAUCACUGCUUCCAGUCUCUCGGUAGCUACCCAAGCAACAGCUUUCAAGUCCCUGAGAGAAUCAUCGGCUCCAACCAACCUCUCAACAUGUACUUUGCAAAGUAAACCAGUUGGGGAAGGAGAUCUUAUCAGUUUUGAUGAUGACGUUUUGCCCCCUACUUCAGUUAGUGCAGUUCAAGAAUGUACCAGUUCUGAAGCAGAUCCCUUUCAAUUCUCCUCCAAAACCGAGCCUGCAAAGGAACAGACAGUUCAACCAGCUAUAGCACGAAAGCCUACUGUGAUCAGAAUCCCAUCUAAACCAGGGAAAUCUUUAAAUGAAGUUCCACAUAUUCCUCCACCUCUUCCUGCUGAAAAACCAAUUGGGAACACCUCUGGGAUCGUUGCUGGAAAGCCUAGUAAUGCCAAACAAACAAGGAAAGGGGAAUCUGAACAUUCAGAUCCAACAGGUACUUCUUGGACAGAGCCUGUGCUGCCCCCUAGGCCUGUGGAUGGAAAAAUUGUACCAGCUCGACUGCCUCCACCUAAAGGCAUUCCUGGAAGGCCACCUCCACCAAAACACUCUGGAACCAAGACCUCUUCCCAAAAGGACCCUGUUUGCCGAUCCUCGUCUGACCUGACACUCCAUAAAAAACAUGACAUGUUUGGAAUGGGAGUCAAGAGAGCAAAGAGUCAAGUUUUAAAAAAUCAAGACCCAGCAUUACCGCCUCGACCUAAACCAGGGCACACUUUCUACAAUAAAUACAUGCUGCCUGUGCCUCAUGGAAUUGCCAAGGAAGAUUUCUCUCCUAGAAACCCUGGAGAACUCGGCUGCAAGCAUGGGGAUGUUCUUGUGCUGCUGGAGCAGAUCGACAGCAAUUACUUCAAGUGCCAAAAGGGAGGGGAAACCGGCAAAGUGCACUUGUCUCAUAUGAAGAUAAUCACCCGCCUAGAUGAGCAUCUGACAAGCAAGCAAAAGGAUUCAAACAAUAUUCAGAGGGUUUCUGACAAAAGUGCUCCUCAUGCUGUAGUGCUGCAUGAUUUUCCAGCAGAACAUGCUGAUGAUUUGGACCUCCAUUCUGGAGAGACUGUUUAUCUUCUGGAGAAAAUAGAUAAUGAGUGGUACAGAGGAAAACUCGGGAAUCGCACAGGGAUAUUUCCUGCCAACUUCAUUAAAGUGAUUAUUGAUGUUCCAGAGGAAGAGAACAGGAAAAAAGUAUUGUUUUCAUCACCAUGUAUUACGGGUCCGAGAUGCGUAGCUCGGUUUGAAUAUAUCGGAGAUCAGAAAGAUGAGCUAAGUUUUUCAGAAGGUGAAAUUAUUCUUCUUAAGGAAUAUGUAAAUGAAGAAUGGGCCAGUGGAGAGCUGAAAGGCACAUCUGGAAUUUUCCCCUUGAACUUUGUGGAAAUUAUUGAAGAUCUGCCUGGAUUAGGUGUAGGAGCACCACUGAAGAACAAGAGGGAGAGUUCUGCUUGUCUUUCUCAGACUGAUAGACAGUCUGGAGAGUGGUGUGAAGCGCUUCAUGAUUUUACAGCAGAAACCAAUGAAGACUUAUCCUUUAAAAAGGGAGACUACAUCCAGAUAUUGGAGCAUGUGGACUCAGAGUGGUGCAGAGGGAGACUGAAUGAUAGCGAAGGCAUUUUCCCAGCAGUUUUUGUUCAGACCUGCUCCGCUGGAGUAAAGACAGCACAGUCUCCAGGAUGCAGGAAAGGAAAAGCCAAGGCUUUGUAUGACUUCCAGGGAGAGAAUGAGGAUGAGCUCUCCUUCAAGGCAGGUGAUAUGAUAACAGAGUUGGAACCUGUAGAUGAAGACUGGAUGAGUGGAGAAGUACAAGGCAAAUCUGGAAUAUUUCCCAAGAAUUUUGUUCAAGUUCUAUAGAUAUCAUAGGGAUGGAGCCCAGUUCUGCUCACUAGGCAUAUGGAAGCAAAUGCUUAUCUAGCACAAAGGCACAUUAUACUUCAGCAAACAAAGAACUACCAUCUUUGUUGUCACUUGAGUUAUUACUUUGACUAUCAAAUAUGAUUUGCACUAUAUUGUCCAGAAAGAGAACCACAUCAUAUAUAACAUAUUAAUUCCUGAAACACCAACAUUUGCCGUGACAACAAAACUUAGUCAUACUUUGUGAAUGUUCCACAUGAGCUAGCAAACAGAAUUUCCACAGGAUUUUUAAUAGUUUCCAGCUAGGGAAAUUAAAUGUAGUACAAUAUCUUACAAAUUAAGUGAACUGCAUUCUAGUAGUUGACCUGAUCUGGUAUUUCAUUUAUCCUGCAUACAAUUUGCAUAAAUUAAGAUUGUUUAAUAGGCUUUUUAGAAAUGCAUUUAUUUUGCAGAUUUAAGUAUUGUAUGUUAAAUAUGUAUACCACAUUUUUGAUUUUCAGAUUUCACUACUGCUUGAGUUAAUAUCCUCAUUAGCAAUAAAAAGCAGUUGUUUUAGGAUUGAGAGGAUAAAGGUACCAUUUAUUAUCUUGCGGAAAAAUCAAGCCCUAACGUAUGAUCGACACCUUGUAGAGUUUGUCAUUUCAUAUAUGGGAUACCAAAGUCUAACAAGCAGGAGGAUCAAAAGGCUAAGAAAACUUCACUCACUUAAUAGUUUCUCCAUCUUUGAAUGUAGGGCUGAGUGAACAUGUGAAGUUCAAGGUUUUUGUACUUGUAGAGUUCAUAAAACUGGAAUGAACUCAUCAAUCUUUUUUACUGAAGAGUGAUUACACCUGUCUGCCCCCCAACACAUUUUUCUAGUUAAAGGGAAACCUGCUCUGUGUGCUAAGGAAUAGAUGAGAAGUCACCAACAUUUAAAAACAAAAAAACCCUCACCUUUUGGUUGGUUCAAGCUAGUGCCCCAGGGAGAGUGUUUUCCUAUUAGAAAUUCUCUCUUUCCCUCUCUGAUCCAGUCUCUGGGUUUGUCAAUCUUCGUUUCUCUUACACAGAAACAAACCCACUUCCAUUUCCAUUUCAGUUUAACAUUCAAACCUGACAGUGUUUGAAAUUAGCAAGAGACGUUUACCUAGCCGUUCUAUAAACCCCCAGCACGUUUCACGCCGGCUGCCAUUCUUGUGUUUUGUUUUGUUUUUUUCACUGAAAUAGUUCAUUUUAAUAGGAAUAUUUCACAGCCUUAUGUCUAUGAGUAAGAACAACUAAUUGAGGUAUCCACUAAAAGUUAUUUUCUAUAAAUCAGCUAAAUAACAUAUAAGAUGUAGCAUUGUAAAUUAUCUGUCAAGGCAGAAAGGUUAAUUUCUCUUGGUGGCUGCUGCUAACAGGCACAAAGAUUUAUAUUUUUUUAACAAAAACAAUGCAAAAUUAUAUAAGUUAAAUUACAGAGACUAAAUAAGUCUGAUAUUAGACAUAUUUCCAGAUAAGAACAGUGCAUUCUAAAAACCAACACUUUCCAGAAUGUUUGACAAUAGCUCCAUAUUAAACAAGUUAAUUGUUAACCCACCUCCCAUUCUGGGCCGAUGUGUACUGUAAAAAAACAAAAUCAAAACAUUUAAUCUUCAUUAUGCUGCAGUUUAUUCUGUACAUGUGCAACUGGCCUCUUUUGUAAUCUCUGAAGAACAAGGCAACUGAACAAACUGCGUGUAUAUUAUAUCUGAGGAUUAAUAUGUGCAGGUGGCAAAUAAGGAAAGCUAGGCUUUUCAGAAUCUCUUUCCAUCAGAAAAGCAUAGCAUAGGGUAAAAGUCAGAGCAUCAAGGUGUUGGUUCAGCAUUGAUCAUUUAAAGUUUGGAGACCUUUUUAUCAAGUUCCAUCUUUAAUAUCUUGAUUUAAUUUUGAAGUCUAACACAGGCCUCUCUACUGCUAUCUCUCAUCUUAUGAUGAUGAUUUCCCCUGGGCUUAUAGAAAGGAUGUUCAGAUACUAUAGCAAUGGACUAUAUAAAAACCCUAGUAAAAUACAAUAGACGUUAGCACUCAAAACUUGCCUUUUUAAUUUUUAGUUCAUGGACAAAAAGGAAGUUAUUUUUAUUUUAUGUGCCCAAAAAGUAAAUUCUAACUCCACUUAAGAAUGAUAAACCUAUAUGUACUCUCUUUUGGAAAUGUCUUCUCUCCUUUCACUUGAAGAAAAAAAAACUAGUGUUGCUUUACCAUAUGGGUACCAUGUCAAAGGUUUAAGCAAAAUGGACUCCUUUCACCAUGGCUCUGUGCCAAUGCGAUUGGUCAACCGCCUGUAAAUAUUUUGAAUAGUAGAACUAGUAAAAAUUUAAGAACUUCAUAAAAAAAGACACUUACUCAGCUUGCUUCCUCCAAAUGAGAUACCUAAAUCAUUGAGGAGACAGAUAAGGUAUUAGUGUGCAAUGUUUACUUACUUUUGACUUUGGGCUUGUCUACAUGGGGGGGUAAUGGGCUCCACAGUGCACUUCAGAAAUCACAUCCCUAAUGUGCUGUGCAUUAAUUGGUCUGUGUAGACAUUACUGGUGCUCUUUAAUGCAGUGCUGUUUCAAACGGUGCUACAUUAAACCAUACUAGUGAACCUUUACCGUGCACCAGCAGGGUAUACAUGGAGACACUGAUUUCUAAAGCACAUUAACAUGGGCAUAUCUCACACACCCCCACAGCUCACAUUACCUUGCUGUGUAGACCCUUUCAUUAUGUCAGUUCUCUAAAGCUUUGAUACAAAUAUUUUUGAAUCAACAGUGCUGAAUUUAUAAAUUUUUCCAAAAGAAAAAGGGUGUGUGAAGUUUUGGCUAUAUUGGCCUAUUAAUAAUUUUUACCACUUUAAUUUAACGCGUAACAUCCAUUACAUUUCAAACUUUUUAAAUAAACAUCUGUUUAAUUGAAUAAUCCUUGUAUUUUAUUUUGUAACUCUGAAUACUAAAUCAGGAAAUAUAGCAAACAUAAUACCACUUAUGUAUUAUACUUAAUGUUUAAGUCAUAAAAGGAUAAAAUGGCUGGAAGCUGCAAAUUCAGAACAAUAGUGCCAUCUAAGGGCUUUUUAUAUUAUUGUAGCUUUGCCAGUUCAGAAAAUCAUCGCUUUAAAUUUCAGUCCCUUGAUCAAAUUAAUCUGCAAAAAAUAUCUGCUUUACUGUUAAACCUUUAUGGUCACAUAUAUUGUCUACACAGAAAAAACCUAAAAUCUCUAUUGAUUACAAGGAUGUAAUUCAGCAGAAAGGGAAAAUGAAAAGGGAAAAUUCCUGUGAAAAUCCUAAAUUACAUUUACAAUUAAUAUGAAAGAUUAUGCUAUCUUGAAAUUCAACCAGGGACCUAUGAUUCAUUAAUAUGAUAUAGAGUGGUUUUCCUAAGCUUAAGGCUGUUAGUGUUUUGUUAAAUCAUCCACAGUGAAAGUAGCAUCUUUGUAACAGAACACAUUUUUCCAUGAUUUUUAUAUAUAGUACAAAAUAAAAACUUUUACAUUCUGCAAGUCCAAAUUUGUCUCCAGAAUUAUGGUAACAGUAUAAAUUAAAUUUGUAUUUAACGAAUAAAUUUUUAUAUGUAUGUCUGAGUCACAUUUGAGUCUGUAUUUACCUUUAACGCUCACUAAUUCUGAUUUAAUGAAAGGACUGAUAUCUUUAAAUACACAGAUCUUAUAUCAAUAUUUCCAUUAGGGAUUUAAAAAAAUAAAUAAAAAUAGUACACUGUAUAAAUGUGCCUUACACCAGUAGUCACCAUUUUGGAAAUAAUUGCACCUUUGUCCUUCCAUAGUCUGUUCAAUAGACCAGGCCUCUAGCAAUCACCUCUCUAUUAGAAGUGUCACAUGACUAAAGCUACAAUUUUGUGUCAGAAGUCACAGAAUCCAUUACUUCUAAAGACCUCUGUGACUUCAGACCUGGCGGCUGGGACCUACAGGGUCGCACCACCUCCCGCAGCAGCAGGGAACUGUGAGGUAUCCCCACCACAGCAGGGCAGGAGAACCCCUCCCCCCCCCCCGCCCCCCCGCAGCUUCUGCCACUGGGGAGGGCACAGGGGGACCCUGGAGCUCUGAGCCACCCCACCCCUUCCCAUUUUAUCACAGAUAUUUUUAAUAAAAGUCAGGGACAGGUCACAGGCUUCUGUGAAUUUUUCUUUAUUGCCCAUGACUUUUACUAAAAAAUAUCCAUGACAAAACCUUAGCCUUACACGACUCUCUCCAUCCAACCCAGGGAUUUAAGCUGCAGUUCAAGGGCCUGCCAGCCUUUACAUGUAUAAGUUCUCUAAUGCCUUAGUCCGAAAAACAAAAUAAUAAAUUGUCUAAAUGAAUGCUAAGCUUACCAAAUGUCACCCAGGUUCCACAGGGGAACGCUGAUAGGUUCCGAAGUCCUUCAAACUUUUCAGCUGAGUUUGCCCUCUUGGUUAACAGUUUGUGUCAGUUUUUAGAUCAAGUACUUCUCAGUCAAUUUCAGCUGAGACCUUAUAUCAAAAGCCUCUCUCUAUUUUCUGGGACUCAGCCAGAACCAGUAUAUGCAGUUCACCCAGCAUUCAGUAGUUCUCCAGACUUGCUUACCUGUCCCAGGGUCUGUAAUAAUUACCCCCAUCACACACUGAUUUUAGUUCCUGGAGGGAGUUAGCAACCCAUGGAGCUAGCAUACAAUCCCUGGCUCAGAGCUACAGGUAAAUUUUAUAAAGUUGAAACAAUACUCUCAAAGAUAUUGCAUGUGUCUAUAGCACCUGUCACACCUGGAUGGCUUAUCUCCCUACCCGUAGAGGAAUAAAGCUAUAGUGCUAAAGCACUCUUAUAGUGGUUUAACUGCAUCUAUACUAUUGGGGUUGUACAACAUUAUCUGUACUGGUAUAAUUAAAACAGUACAACUUGAGACUCAGCAAUCUCAGUUGUAGUUGGAUUGUUGUAAAUAGGUAAGAAUAAUCACUCUUACGUGCUUGAAUACAACAGGUUAAAAAGGCUAAUAAUAGGAGAACUAGAUGGUCCAGGAGAUUGGUAACAGGAUACAGUGUCUUUCACUAGAAACAACUGGAAAUUACUAUCACCUGAGAAGCCUAUAUAGAAUGAAUGGAGAAGUUUCACUCUAAUUCCCAGUAAACAGGCAGCUCUAAAGCCAUUACAAUUAGCACCCUUGUUAGUAGCGCACAUAGCAAGGAUGGAAAUGGUCAGGGCAAUUGAACUAAACUUGAACCCCCACUUUCUGUUCUGUUUAGACAACUUUGGUCCCCAGGACUGCCAAUCCAGCACCCUAUGAACACUAAAUUCAUAUUAACAUUUUUAUUUUGGAAAGAAAGGUAAUCAUUUCUAUUUCAUAUAAUUGACAAGACAACAUCAAGUUCAGGGCUCUUAUUAGAUUACCUUGCAACCACUUCUUUGUAGUGGUAUCUUUUAGACAUUUUACCAGAAUAGCCUGACUUUUGGAACACUUCAGAUUUACUUUGAAGAGACCAGCCAGCACUCAAAAUGUUUUGGUAUUCCAGUAACUACAUCCGGUAUAAAGCCUGCAGAAAUUCUGUAACAGUACCAUCAGAAUUCUCUGAACUUCCACCAUGCAGCUGUUACGAAUUGAGAACAAUUCUUAAGAUCUAAUUUGGCAAAUACCCUUGCUGCUGUCAAAUAGUCAAGUACCCUGAACUCUUGCAGUUCCAACUCAAUUUAAUCCUGUUUCAGACAGACAGGUCUGAAGUCUAUCCGUUCUGGUAUCUGUAAGGUUACCCACCUACUCAAAAAAUUUCGGCUGGCUCUGCUUUGUGCCACACAAAGAAAUAAGCUUAUUUUAACAUUGCUAUCAUAACUAAAACAAUACAGUUGGAUGUCUCUUCCUGCUAAAUGGCAAUCUGGUUUCCCUAGCUUAAAUAUAAUUGUUGCCCAAGUAUUUAGUAAGAAUGUUUCUACCAAGGAUUGCAAAUCAAUUUACAGAGCAAACUCAACUCAAUUAUGUCACUUUGUAAGCUUUGUUUUCUCAGUCACAAAAAUCAUAGAAAUGUAGGACUAGAAGGGACCUUGAUAAGUCAUCUAGUCCAUCCCUUGCACUGUGGCAGGACUAAGUAUUAUCUAAAUCAUCCCUGGUUUCUCUAACCUGUUCUAAAAAAAUCUUUGGUGAUGGAAAUUCCACAACUUCCUUAGAUAGUUUUUUCCAGUGCUUAACUACCCUACCCUUAUGUUAGGAGGAAGUUUUUCCUAAUGUCUAACCUAAGUCUCCCUUGCUGCAAUUUAAGCCCAUUACUACUUGUCCUAUCCAGAGUGUUAAGAACACUAUCACCCGCCCUAUUCAUAACAACCUUAUGUCCCCCCUUAGUCUUCUCAUCUCCAGACUGAAAAAAAUUGGGUUUGUUUAAUCUUCCCUCAUAGGUCAUGUUUUCCAGACCUUUAAUUAUUUUUUGUUGCUCUUCUCUGGACUUUCUCCAAUUUGUGGACAUCUUUCCUGAAAUUUGAUGCCCAGAACUGGACACUGUACUCCAGGGGUCGGCAACCUUUCAGAAGUGGUGGGCCGAGUCUUCAUUUAUUCACUCUGAUUUAAGGUUUUGCGUGCCAGUAAUACAUUUUAACAUUUUUAGAAGGUCUCUUUCUAUAAGUCUAUAAUAUAUAACUAAACUAUUGUUAUGUAAAGCAAAUAGAUGGUUAAGCUUCAUUUAAAAUUAAAUUAAAACGCAGAGCCCUCCGGACCGGUGUCCAGGACCCGGGCAGUGUGAGUGCCACUGAAAAUCAGUUUGCCUACCCCUGCUGUACUCUAAUUGAGGUCUUAUCAGUGCUCAGUAGAGUGGACGAAUUAAUUCUUGUGGUUACCUUUCCGCUCCUGCUAAUACAUCCCAGAAUAAUGUUCACUUUCUUUACAACAGUAUUACAUUGUUGUUGACUCAUAUUUAGUUUGUGAUCCAUUAUAACCCCAGAUCCUUUUCUGCAGUAUGCAUUCCUAGGCAGUCAUUUCCCAUUUUGUAUUUGGCAGUUAAUUAUUCCUUCCUAAGUGUAGUAUCUUGCAUUUGUUCUUAUGCAUUUCAUCCUAUUUAUUUCAGAUCAUUUCUCCGGUUUGCCAAACUCAUUAUGAAUUCUAAUCCUAUUCUCCAAAGGGUUUGCAACCCCUUCCAUCUUGGUAUCAUCCGCAAACUUUAAAAGCAUACUCUUUGGCCUGGUCUACACUAGGAAAUUAGGUCAAUAUAAUUAUGUCACUCGGGGGUGUGAAAAAAUCCAUACCACUGAACAAUGCAGUUAAACCGAUCUAACCCCCAGAGUAGACCGCACCCAUUGACCUAGCUAAUGUGACUCGGGAAGGUGGAUUAUCUAUGCUGAUGGAAGAAGCCCUCCGUUGGCAUAGAUAGUUUCUUCACUGAAGCACUACAGUGGUGCAGCUGUACCAGUGUGGCAUUUUCAGUGUAGACCAGCCCUCAAUGUUAUCCAAAUCAUUUAUGAAGAUAUUGAAUAGAACCAGAUGCAGGACAGAGCCUAGUAGGACCCCACUCAAUAUGAGCUUGAUUGUGAACCAUUGAUAACUAUUCUCUGAGUAUGGUUUUCCAAACAGUUGUGCACCCACCUUAUAGUAUGUUUGUUGAGGCUUUUUUCCCUAGUUUGCUUAUGAGAAGGUCUUGUGAGACAGUAUCAAAAGCCUUACUAAAGUUGAGAUAUAUGGCAUCUGCUGCUUGCCCCCAUCCACACAGCUUGUUACCUGUCAAAGAAGGAUAUUAGGUUGGUUUGACAUAUUCAUGUUAACUGUUACUUAUCACUUAUCUUCUAGGUGCUUACAAAUUGAUUGUAUUUGCUUCAUUAUCUUUCCAGGUAUCAAAGUUAAGCUAACUGGUCUAUAAUUCCAUGGGUUGUCUUUAUUCCCCUUUUUAUAGAGAGAAAGGUGUUCGCCCUUUUCCAGUCUUCUGGCAUCUCUCCCAUCAUCCAUGAGUUCUCAAAGAUAAUUGCUAAUGGCUCAGCAAUCUCUUCAGUCAGUUCCUUAAGUAUUCUAGGAUGUAUUCAAUCAGGCCCUGCCAAUUUGAAGACAUCUAACCCAUCUCAGUAAUUCUUAACUUGUUCUUUCCUUAUUUUAGCCUCAGAUCCUACCCCAUUUACUCUGAUGUUCACUACUUAGGCUUUCUGCACCUAGUACAUGGAAGAGAGCAGAAUGGGUCUACUGAGCAGUCGCUAGUUAUUUCCUUCCAUGCUUACUUUCCUCCAUUCCUAUUCAGAAAUCCAUUUUUAUUCAGAUCUACAGAAAGCCCUCAAAGGGUGGUAAUAAAGUACUAGUACUACACUGCCAGAGAUUUCAAAUGAAGCAUGAGUACUAGUGCCCAAGUCUGAAAGAUUUAUUUUGGAGGUGGGUAUCAAAAUGAGUAUAAUACUUGGAAUAGUACCUUGAUUCUUUUUACAUAACUAGAAUCAAAACAAUACUUAUGAAGUGGGGAACAUAUGCUAUAGCCAAUUUGGCUAAAGAAAACCUUAACUGGGGGCACUACUACCCAUGAGUCUAACUACCAGGCGAUUUUAGUAACCCUGCUAUUGUAAACACUGAACAAAGACAUCUUAUACCUAAAAGAGUAAUAAUGCCACCUAAUUCCAGAGCUGACUGUGAUGGUCCAGUCGAGGUUGCAAUCCAGACCAGUGGUUGUGUGACCACUUGCCCUGCAAUCCUGGAUGCCUUAGAAUGCCUUGCUACUGCAGCUCUAAGCCUAGAAUGUUCAGUCAGUAAGGAAGCAUGGAGGUCACUUCUGAGCAUCUGUGUGCUUAGAUAGCUAUGGUUCAACAGCUCCGAUACCAGCAACCUGUCUUCAGCUGCACAACCUCUGGCUUCCACCAGCAUUUAUUACAAACAGCAAGAUGAUCCCUGUAUGGGAAAACUGUUAUGUUUUCUAACUGUAUAUUAUGUUAUGGUAUCAUUUUAAAAAUUUGUUCACAAUCGCCAUUUUGAAUUCUGUAAAGUUGUUGUUUGGGAGCCAUGUUGGUCUCUGUUCUUGUUGGGCUUUUGGCGCCCUUUUUCUGUAAGGCAGGAAAAGAUUGGUCAUGUGAUCCAUCAAUUCUGCCUGCAGACAAGAGAGUAUGUAAGCUCCUCUCAUAGGCUAUAGGGUGCUGUCCAUCAUGGUGGCAGCCCGCAUCUGCAUCGGUCAUCGUGAGCAGUCUCCGAGAGGCAACACAUCAACUCAUCCCUACUUACCUGAGAUUGAGGGAUUCUGGUCCAGCAGCCGAUUUGAUCCGUGUUCCUCCUGUGAACAUUACCAGGCACAGUAGAAUGUCCGGGUCGUCCACUGCACCAGAGCUGAGGCAAUCAGUCGGACAUGACCCUCCCUCCGUGAUUGGCGUUUCAUCUGUAAAGUAUAGAUUUCUUGACUGUUAGUCCAUAACUUCACGCCCUUGAUUACGAACCAUUGGGUGUUCUUUACUUACCUGUACCUAAUAAACUGUCUUUUCAUUCA